AUGGCUCCAUCGUUCUUCUAUCCUCUUCCGACGAUCAAGGAUGACCGGCUCGAGGAGCUUUACACCGUUCACGGCGUUGAUCGGGCCGUUGUAGGUGAUUUGGCUUCUACGUCUGAAUCUUCGGAAGCUGUUCGUGAUGGAAAUGGUGGGGCGUAUCUCUCCUUCUUUGAGACCUGUAGUCUUUUAUUUCCGAUCCCGGAGCCCGUCCUUAAUAUUUUAGCGGAGCUGGGCUUGUCGCUUACUCAAAUGUGCCCUAAUUUCCUGAGACAUCUUUUGGCGCACCUGGUCAAGGAUCGCGAGGAGGGUCUAUUGUUCGGCUUCGACGAGCUUCGUCACCUCGUUCUGAUGAAGCGAAACAACCAAAACCCUGGGACUUUUCUUAUGUCUCCCCGUCCAGGACGUCAAAUCAUACAGAGCAUCCUCUAUCGUGAUCAGAACUGGCGAGAGGAGUUUUUCGUCUUCAAGAUCGAUGAAGCGUCUGUGGGAAGCUUUGAUUUCUCGAAACUUGCCCGCUAUUGGACUGAGGACAUAGUUCAUUCGGGAAUAUCUUCUAUGACCGACAUGCUUCGGGGUUUAAUCGGAGCUCUCCGGAGAGGUUGGAGAGGCAGCUUGCGAGGAGGUCAUCAUUUCGCACCUCCACAUCGGCGUUGGCAGGCAAGGCCGAUAGCGGGAUACCUCCGAUCCCAACUCCGCACUCGGAUGAUGAGGGUUCCCCCAAAGGUUCGGAGAUCCCAUGUUCCUUUGAGUCCCAUCUUGCAGGACAACUCUGCUGCUGCGAGCCGUAAGCGGCGUCGAUUGUCGAAGGCCGUUAUGCUGGAGCCAUCUCGUUCUAAGCGAGAAUCGAAGGGAUGGAGGCUUGUCCUAGAGGGCGAAGGUCCUUCAUCUAUGGGCCAAGACGAUCUCGUUUCAUUUGCUCGUCGUACGAGGUCCGUGGAUUGUCGCCCUCCGUCUCUCGCUUCUCUUGAUGAGGAAGGGGCUUAUGCCAAAGUAGUCGUCACGAGCUCCAAGGUUAUGGAAGCUUUUAACGAGUUUGUUGUGACGAUGGAGGAUCGUGUGCAUGCUCUUCGCAACGAGAGUGAGGUGGAGAAAGAAAAGGUUGAGGUCCAAAGGGUUACAGAGGAGCUUCGGACGACCAAGGAGGAGGCUAGGAAGAAAACUGGAGAGGCGAUGAUCUUGAGGGAUGAAUGGAAAAGGGCUCGCCAGGAAAGGGUGGUGUUUGAGACCGAGGUCGCUACCCUCAGGACCAAGGUCGUGGAGCUCGAGACUGAUCGUGACCGGGAUAUCUGUGGGGGUUCUCGCGCCGCUCGUCGUGAAAUUGCUAACGGCUUCCGAGAGGUUCUAACUUCCUUGGAGAAGAAAUGGGUUGACAAGAAGAAGGAAGUGUUUGCUGAGAUUCAACUCCACGAGGUGGUUGCCAAGCUCGAUCUGCUGAAUGAGAUCAAGGAUGAAGGGCUGGUUGUAGAAGACGAGAUCGUUCGUCUGAAGGAGAUGGAGAAAGAUUGCAAGGUCGCUGCUAGUUUGGCCGCUGUUCCGGAUUGGUCAGUCGCGGGUCUUGAUCUUCCUCAAGUUUCCGAAGACUUGAUUGACGACGAGGCUGCGAGCUCAUCUGCUAGAGAAGAAGCUAACUCUUAG